UAAGCUCUUAUAGGAACAACCAGCAGACUGAGCACAGAGAAAAAUCCAAAAGAGAAAACCCUAUUUUGCAACUCUCUGCACAUCCAGGAAACACAGCUUGGGUCUCAGCAAAAGCGCCAAGCCUGAACCAGGAACAAUGACACCUGGGCAGAUGAAUACCACAGUACAUGAGAAGCAAACAGCAACAGGAGAAUGGUCUGCCGUUGUGUUUCCACGAGAGCCUUCUACUCCGGCACUGGCCCAGAAGUGCGUCCCAGACCAAGGUGCUGCUGGUGAGCAAGAUGUCAAUUCUGCUGAGAAUCUGGAGGACACUGAAGACAAUGAGGAGUUCCUAGAGAAGCUCAUAUCUAUCACCUCCAAGAGCUUGCCGAAACUGGAGGCAGAGGAGAGAUACAACAUAGCCAAGGAGCUAGGCAGUGGUUCCUAUGGACGUGUUCUACAGGUUCAGCAUCGUGAGAGAGGAACCUCAAUGGCUUUGAAGCUGAUGUCUAAGGAACAUACAGGGAGACGGGAGUUCCUGUGGGAAUACUGUAUUGCUCUCUGCCUCUCCUCACACCCUACCCUUCUUCGAACCACUGGCAGUGCUUUUGAAUCAUCCACUCAUUAUGGAUUUGCACAGGAGCUGGCACCAGCUGGAGAUCUCUGUGCUAUCUUGAACUCAGGGGAAGGUCUUCCUGAGGUGCAGGUGAAGCGGUGUGCAGCCCAGUUGGCUGAUGCACUGGAUUUCAUGCAUGGCAAAGCUUUGGUGCACCGGGACAUAAAGCUAGACAACGUGCUGCUGUUUGACCGAGAAUGCCAGCAGGUGAAAUUAGGUGACUUUGGCUUGACACGACUGGAAGGCACCCAGAUAUCUGCUAUGUCUGGUGUCUUGCCGUAUUCCCCACCAGAACUGUGCCUGCUAGAUCGGACAGAGUCUCUAGCUCUGGACUCAAGCCUCGACAUUUGGGCCUUUGGAGUGCUGCUCUUCUGCAUUUGUACUGGUUGCAUCCCUUGGGAUAUGGCAAUGAGUCCUGAUCCUAAGUUUGAAGAAUUUAGCAUCUGGCAGAAUCGCACAGUCCCAGGUGAGGUUCCAGGCCUGUGGAAAGUUUUCACAGCUCCUGUCUUGCGCAUGUUCCACCGCCUCAUGGCUCUAGAUCCUAAUCGUCGUAGCCCUGCUAUUGAAGUGAACAAAUACCUACACCUCCCUUGGCGAGUGGGUACUUCUGAAAAGACCCGGGAUGAUUCUUUGAAGGCAAUCCGUUCUGAUGCCUGCCUCAAGGGCCCUAGUGGCGACAGUACUGAACUGGGCAGAAACUCCAAGGGGAAUUGCCUUGGGCAAAUGCAACUCGAACUCAUUGUCCCAGAGAAAACUCAUACCAUACAGAUGUGUCCCAGCCCUGGAAGCAAUCCCAGCCCACAGGAAGGUUCAAGGCUAAAUGGACCUGGGCUUGAGCCCUGAAGAAAGUUUGAACUCUGAAGACAGUGGCUCCUUCCACCAGGGAAAGAGAAGAAGGACGGCAAUGCUAUCUCACCUUCUUCCUGUUAAGGAAGUGUAAAGCCACUCCAUAGAAAGACUUUCAGAAUAGGACUGACUGUGCAUAGCUCAGCUGUAUAGUAUCAAUGUAGCAUCAUGAUAUCUAGAAACAGUUCUAGAGAUUUUUUUUUUCUGGAAUAGCCAUCCUUUUUUCUUUUUUUUUAAUGGUGCAUCCAGAUAAUAUCAUUGUUGCACCAUCUGCAGGAAUAAUGUCAUUGUUAAAUCAUUGCAAUUCAGUAUUUCCUGCUUUUUUUUUUUUUAUCUGAUUUGAAAGAAAGUGCAAUUGCAGUACUAGCCUGUCUAGUUCUGACUUCUUAGGAUGCUGUUCUUUUAAUAUCAUCUUCCUCUUUGCAGGUCCUGUGUGUUUUGUUGCUUCCUGGUUGGGAAUUAAUGAUCAACAGAUUGUUAAUUGCCCUCUUAAUAGCUUCCUGAAUUGUCUGAAAUGGGAAACUUUGAUUACUAGUUUCUUUGAAUUAUAUUUGCUUUUCUUUUUCUUUUCUUUUCAAGAAGAAUUGAGCUCUUCAAAAAAAAAAUUCUAAUAGUUGAAAGAAACAUAAAUCCAUAAUUCAAGUUUCUGUCACAGGAACAGAAACCAUAAAUGCAGCAAUUUAGGGAGGUUAUUCAUAGAAUAAUAAUAGGCUUUCAUCACAAUUAGCAGGUGAAACUAACAGCCUACAGUAAAAAGAGUGAACUUAUAAGCAACAAACUUUUAAUUGAAGUUUUAAAUAACUUUUGCUCAAUUAGAUUUAUAAGUAAAUAUAAAUGGAUCUUGCCCACAGGGGAAGGGUAUUGUUAAAUAAUAUAGUGCCACUUUAAUUGCAUGGAAUCUUUAUUUUACAUCUGUAUGAAGCUAGUUAGUUAGAGUUCCUUUUGAACCAAAUGAGAUCUCAAUCAGCAACAAGAGUAAUUUCAGACUAUACAGUAUCUAAGAUGCAAGCCAACAAUAAAAAAAUAGAAGUAACAUCAAAAAGUACAUGCACACACACAGUGUAUGUGUGUAUGUGUGUAUGUGUAUAUAUGUUACAUUUUGAUGUUACUUUAUAUAUGUAUAGGAGCUGCUCAAAUGUCAUGGUUGAGAAAGUUCCAAAGUAAUGGUACUACAAAAGGAAAAUAACAUCUGUGAGCCUCCAGAACCCUUACCUCCCCAAAGUGGGAAAUUGCUAACAGGUUCCCCCAGGAACAUUGCAAUGAGUGGGUGAAAAAUCAGAGAUAGUCCUGAAUGAAAACCUGAAUCAAAAUGUUGCUAGGUCUUCUAACCUUCUAAGAGGAAUACAUCUGCUUACUUUCAAGCCAGUGAGCUGUUCGAUGCUCCAGGCUACACCAUUCCAUUUCUUCUGCUACUUUCUAUUUUCCAGUUGACUUACUGGAUUUUAUAUCAUGAUGGUUUCUAUUCCAUCCUUCACAAAGCAGUACAAAGCCAAACCACAAUAGUCUUCAUUUCUGUCAAAUUGAAAACAGAUGACACAAAAGGAACACUGUUAGUGAAGCAGUGCUCACUGUCCUGCUGACCAGCAAGAGAAUGGUCAGUCAAUCAAUCAAUCAAUCUAUCUGCUCCUUGAGCUACUGUCAUCCAAAUAAUGCAAAUACCAAAAGAAAAUAAAUUUUUGGUUCUAUCCUUCCACAUUU